AUGGCGGGUGUGCGCAACGGUAGCAACACAAAACCCGCGCCGACGGGGAUGUCGAGAGCAGAGAGGUUCGACGAUGAGAAGCGCCGGCUCAUCCAAUGCUGCUUUGGCAAGCAGGAUGUGGAUGGUUCAGUUCUCGAGUCCUAUAUUACGCAUAUUCGAAUUACUGAGGAUGCAGCGUAUCCCUCAACACCUGCCCCGCCGAGCUCACCCCCUGAAAAUAAAAAGCCUCGUUUGAUAAUCGUUUCGGUGAGAAAGUCUGGGAGGGUUCGCAUGCAUAAGGCAAGAGAGAAUAAUGACGGCACAUUUUCAAUCGGCAAAACAUGGCUGUUGGACGACUUAUCCCAUAUCCAGAUUUACGAACAUAUGCCUGCGUCAAGCAAUUCUGAGCAACAACAGAAAAUGUGGGCAUCGAAUGUUGGAUUUGUGGUGACUGUAUCCAAACCUUACUAUUGGCAGGCUGCAACUCCAAAGGAGAGGGACUUCUUUAUUGGUAGUUUGGUAAAGAUCUACAAAAAGUACACUGGUGGUAGGGUACCAGAGCUCCUUGGUUUCGACUCUCGCGAUCGAGAUACAAUUACCGGUACUGUGGCUCCUGGCGCGCAAAAUGGUCCUUCCCCAGGAUCGCGUGCUCUCCCCUUAGACCGUCCAGAUGGUGCUGGGCCCCAGGCCAGGCCCGCGCAAAAUCAAUCCAACACGCCUCAAUCACUGUAUCCUACCAAUCAUUUUCCCAGUCGUGAUGGAGCAAGAGAACCAAGGAUACAGACAUCUCGGGAACAGUUCCUGCACGCUCCGCCGGGGCAGGAUGAAGGGCAAAGCCAGCACUCUGAAUUCGCCUCAUCUAAAACGCCCCAGCAAGAAGGGUUUCGUGGUGAUCUAUCUUCGAAUCCAACCUCAAGCAGUACCCUCAAUUCGCACACCCCGACGCCAUUUCAGACGGCCCAGUCCCCGCGAGCCCGGCCACCUGGUAUAUCUCCAGCACCCAAUCCUUUAUCGAGUUCUACGGGAAACCAAGCUAGAUCACAGUUUGUCAACGAAAAUGGUAUUCGUCCGGCACGAACGCCAGCUCCGAGUGAUAAAGUUCGAUCAAUUGAAAAUAGUAAGAUGUCCAGUUCUGAAUCGGGCUCCCAACGUGAUUCCGAAGCUCGUAAAAGUAAACCAACUCCGUUGGGUGCUUUUGAGCAUUCUGCUCCUGCCACGUUGCAACGUCCUCCAACGUCCAAAGGUAGCUCUGAGGAACAAGGGAUUAAGAGCAAGACGGAGGGUCGGUUCAUCGCUCCUUUCAUUCCAGAAAAUCACCGAAACCUUGACGCCCGCUCACUUUCUAGAGGGAGCGAGAAAUCCCUAGGCACCUCGGAGUCUGCGAGCGCGCAACGACAGGUUCCAAUGCUGCGAAGAUCAGGUUCUGGAGACUUUAGUAUCAAUACCAAAUCUGAUACUCGCACGGUAAACGAACCUGAAGAAGUUGUUAAAAAAUCCUCACCUGACGCCAGGGAAAGUCCUAUUGUGCGCGAAAUAUCCGAUAUACCUAGAAAGCUCUCAUCGUCCACCACGCCUAUUUCUCUCGCUAAAUCACUUGAGAAGCCUCUAACGGAAGAAAAAGGAGAGACACAUCGUGGAGAGACACAUCGUCCAGGACUUGGUCCAAUGGUGAAAAAGAAGCCUGCCGAACUCGCGUCUACCCUGCGAAAAGCAGCUACCGCCUAUAGCGCUUUCAAACCUAGACCUGGGGGUGCGGCAGAUAGAUUUGCUGGCCAGCAAAGAGAAGAGUGGACCAUGACCGAUGAUUCCGUUAAAACUACUGUUCCUCCUUGGACACAACCAUCUACGAAGGAUACGCAGUCUAUUGUUCCUCCAGCAGAAGUUUCGAAGGCUGAGGAAGUGGCUAAUGUCCAGGUUACGGAGACUGCACUCCAGCCUCAGCCAUCCAAAGGGAUUUCGACUCCUAUAGCUAGUCCACCGGAAAUUGCCUCCCCGAAAGUGUCACCGUCACAAGCAGAACGUCGGCGUCCGCGCCGUGAGGAUAACACGGCAAAUUAUUGUACGGCGCUCGCAAUCGACCCAAGCCUUUUGGAGGGUAGGGGAGCUUCCUUCGAUGAUAUAUUAAGUGACAUAGGAUGGCAUGGGAAACUGAGUGAGGACAAACGGGUUGAUGAUUUCGAGGCAGAUGUCCGGCGCGAGAUAGGACGGGUGCAAGCAAGUAGUUGGCUGGGACAUCUCGAACAGCAAGAAGGCAAGACCCUAGUGGAUGAUGUUGCUUAUAUCGAAGCACAAUCUCAAGGGUUACAGGUCCAAACUGCGAAUCAAAAGCUUCUCCAAAAUGAACUACAAAAUCUCCUCAAAACCAUUUCUAUCUCUUCCGUUGACCUCCGACCUCUCCGAGAAGCAUCUCUUAGCAGCACAGACGGUGUCGAAGAAGCCGAGUCUUCCCUUGCCAUCCUAUACAAAGCAAUGGUGAUGAUUGAUCCUGACAUUAGAAUAAAUAAGAGGCGACUAGCUGAUGCUGCUGGUGACCGCGGUGCAAUUGGCAUCUACGCAGAUGCGGAAGUUGGCCAGAUGCGCGCGGUGAAGGAGAAAAAGGGGGAAUACCGUGACGAAGCCCAGCUUUUCCUCCAACGUUUAAAGCAGUACAUGGGCCUUUCUUUCAAAAUUGCGGAGCAAAAAGCGAUGGAUUUAAUUUCAAGCUCUAAAUCAGGAAAAAUUUUCUUGGGUGCUCAUGAUACUGCCCGACAAGAACUUUGGAUGUAUAACGCUUUCAUGCUUUUCGCUCGUGAGGUCAGCACGGCGGAUUGGACUGCCAUUACCACGCAAUAUGAACAACAGAUGAAGAAAACAUAUCAGAACGAGUUCAGGGAUAAUAUUAUGGCCUGGAAACGCGAAGGGCGGAAGCCUUCAGGUGACGAUCAAGAGCUGCUAUUCACACAUCAAGACAAGGAACGUGAUGGAGACGGUAUCACCACCGCUGCCCGGAAGCUGACCGUGAGGCGAGGCAAAACGGUUCGUGUCGCGGGUACCUCGCGAAUGCCCGUAACGGACAAAUCUGAUGGAAAGAUUGAGGCCUAUGAAGUUUUCGGCGGUUCAUUAGAAGAUACAACGAAACUAAUUGCUGCGGAGCAAAAUUUUGUGGUGAAAUUCUUUCAUAUGACGUCACUCUCAAGCAUUGAAUUCCAGGAUUUGAUUUUAACUGCUCGGGCCAGCGACGAAGAUACCCACUGA